AUGGUUCCCUUGUUCGCUAGGCGAUGGGAAGGUGGAGAUCCAGGCGUUUCCAAUCAGAAGACACCCACUACUAUCCUCUUAACACCAGAGAGAAAGUUCCACAGCUUCGGAUACGCAGCAAGAGAUUUCUACCAUGACUUGGAUCCGAAUGAGUCUAAGCACUGGCUGUAUUUUGAAAAGUUUAAGAUGAAGCUACAUACCACUGGGAAUCUUACCAUGGAGACAGAUCUGACAGCUGCAAAUGGCAAAAAAGUCAAAGCACUUGAGAUAUUUGCUUACGCCCUGCAAUUCUUCAAGGAACAGGCAUUAAAGGAGCUCAGUGACCAAGCGAGCGCAGACUUUGAAAACUCUGAAGUAAGAUGGGUCAUUACAGUGCCUGCUAUUUGGAAGCAGCCUGCAAAGCAGUUUAUGAGACAAGCUGCCUACAAGGCAGGAAUGGCAACUCCGGAAAAUCCCGAGCAGUUGAUCAUUGCCCUGGAACCUGAGGCUGCCUCUAUCUACUGCCGAAAACUUCGCCUUCACCAGAUGAUAGACCUGAGUAGUAGGGCGCCUGUCAAUGGUUAUAGCCCAAGUGACACAGCUGGAACUGGAUUUACACAGGCUAAGGAACACGUCCGCCGUAAUCGACAGAGUCGCACCUUUCUGGUGGAAAAUGUCAUAGGAGAGAUCUGGUCUGAACUGGAGGAAGGUGAUCGUUACAUCGUUGUUGACAGUGGAGGGGGCACAGUGGACAUGACCGUUCAUCAGAUCAGGCUUCCUGAAGGGCAUCUUAAGGAACUGUACAAGGCAACAGGUGGGCCAUAUGGUUCUUUAGGCGUGGACUAUGAAUUUGAAAAGCUCCUGUGUAAAAUAUUUGGAGAAGAUUUUAUUGAUCAAUUUAAAAUCAAGCGUCCUGCUGCCUGGGUGGACCUGAUGAUAGCAUUUGAGUCGCGUAAAAGGGCAGCAGCUCCAGACAGGACCAACCCACUGAACAUUACUCUGCCUUUCUCCUUCAUUGACUAUUACAAGAAGUUUCGGGGUCACAGUGUAGAACAUGCCUUGAGGAAAAGCAACGUGGACUUUGUGAAGUGGUCCUCCCAGGGGAUGCUGAGGAUGAGCCCCGAUGCAAUGAACGCUCUUUUCAAGCCUACAAUCGACCAGAUUGUUCAGCACCUGAGUGACGUGUUUGACAAACCAGAAGUGACUAAUGUCAAGUUUCUGUUUCUGGUGGGUGGCUUUGCUGAAUCCCCCUUACUUCAACAAGCUGUCCAGAGUGCUUUUGGGUCCAGAUGCCGAGUGAUCAUCCCUCAGGAUGUGGGGCUCACCAUCCUCAAGGGAGCCGUCCUCUUCGGGCUCGACCCCGCCGUGAUCAAAGUGCGCCGUUCCCCGCUCACCUACGGGGUCGGGGUGCUGAAUCGCUUUGUGGAAGGGAAGCACCCGCCGGAGAAGCUGCUCAUUAAGGAUGGCACGCGCUGGUGCACUGAUGUCUUUGAUAAAUUUAUCUCAGCUGACCAAUCUGUAGCCCUUGGAGAAACUGUGACGCGCAGUUACACCCCUGCGAAACCUUCCCAGUUAGUUAUAGUGAUCAACAUCUACAGCUCAGAGCAAGACAACGUCAGUUUUAUCACUGAAUCGGGAGUGAAGAAGUGCGGCACCCUGCGCCUGGAUCUCACGGGAACUGAUGCUGCAGGGCCAAACCGACGGGAGAUCAAAACACUCAUGCAGUUUGGGGACACUGAAAUCAAAGCCAUAGCCAUUGAUGUUGCCACCUCUAAAAGUGUCAAAGUUGGUAUUGAUUUCCUAAAUUAUUAGCAGCCCAUUUUCUCCACCUGUUUGUGAGACUGUUCUUCCACUAUUUCAUUUUUUGACUUUCAUAAAUCAUGUAAUCAACUUGAAUUUCAGCAGGCUAGAUGAGAACAGCUGGUAGGUAAAUAUGUCACGUUGGUGACCUUGGUUGACCAAAGGCUGGAUCUUAAAGGACCCUUUAAAAUUUUGGGGAGCAAAAGGUUCAGAGGUAGUAAAAAUUCUUCACUUGCUCAAGCAUGUUCAAAGCCCCACCUUUAUAAAGUAAUACUGAUUGUUGUUGGGUGCUAAAGACUAAUUUU